AUGAAUCGAAACGACAAUGACCAGCUUCCAGUGGAUGGCACUUCUUCCAAAUCGGGAGCUCGGGGCUCUGUAGAAGAUCCUGAUAAGCUUCAUGAAUAUCCCUCAGCUCCCGGGGUAGCAGAAGAGGUCACCCGUGUGGUAGAUCAUAAGGCUGAGAGGCGUCUAUGUCGACGAUUCGAUUUGCGUCUGCUGCCAAUCCUCGCAAUCAUGUAUCUGUUCAAUGCUCUCGACAAGGGUAAUUUAGGAAAUGCCAAAACCGACCAUAUGACCGAAGAUUUACAUUUCAAACCGAAUCAGUAUAAUCUGCUGCUGUCCAUAUUCUUUGUGCCCUACGUGAUAUUUGCACCACCAAUUGCCAUGAUAGGCAAGAAAUUCAGUCCUGCUCGAGUCUUGCCGAUUUUGAUGUUCAGCUUUGGCUCUCUCACUCUCCUGUCGGCGGCCGUGCAGAACUUCAGCGGCCUCUUUGCCUUGCGCUGGUUUUUGGGCAUGUCAGAAGCAGCUUUCUUCCCGUUGGUCAUUUACUACCUGACGACCUUUUAUCGCCGAGGCGAGCUCGCUCGGCGAUUGGCAAUCUUCUACGCAGCCUCCAAUAUCGCAAAUGCCUUUUCCGGCUUGAUUGCGUUUGGUGUGUUUCAAAUCGAAGGGUCUCGGUUGCCCACCUGGCGCUAUCUUUUUAUCAUUGAGGGUAGCGUGACGGUCAUCUUCUCUGUGUUUGCGUUCUUUUAUCUGCCCAAGAGCGCUGCCGAAGCUCAUUUCCUGUCGGAAGAGGAGAAGGCUCUGGCAUUUCAUCGGAUUCAAGUCGAUUCCAGUGCGGUGGUGAACGAGAAGUUUCGAUUCCGCGAGGCCGUCGCCAUUUUCAAGCAUCCCACCACCUACGUCUUCCUAUGUAUCGAUAUGUGCUUGGGUGUGCCUCUCCAGGGCGUCUCCCUCUUCAUGCCGCAGAUCAUCGCUCGACUAGGCUAUCCGACCGUCAAGACCAAUUUGUACACCGUCGCGCCUAAUGUGACGGGCGCUGUAAUGUUGCUCAUUCUCGCCUUUUGUUCCGACUUCACUCGACUACGAUCCCCCUUUAUCGUGCUGGGGUUCCUGUUGACCUUCACCGGGUUUAUCGUGUACGCCUCUAUCAACGACGUUCAGAAGAACAUACGGGUCGCGUAUUUUGCGACCUUCAUGAUGACGUGGGGGACGUCCGCACCCUCGGUCCUACUGAGUACCUGGUACAACAACAAUAUCGCCCAUGAGGGUCGUCGAGUUCUGUUGACCAGCAUCGGUGUACCCUUGGCGAACCUGAUGGGGCUGGUUAGCAGUAAUGUCUUUUUGGAGAAAGAUGCCCCCAAGUAUAUGCGGGCACUGAUCACUGUCUCCGCCUUUGGUGCGGCGGGUGCCUGUCUUUCCGGACUGUUGGGGCUGUACAUGUGGUUCGAUAAUAAAAGGCGCGAUCGCCGGGACGGGAUCACGUUGAGUGCGAGGGAUAUUCCAACGGAGCGAAUGCGCGACGGGCCCUCAUCGGCUGAAUUCCGCUGGUUUUUGUGA